AUGGAUCAUGACAGAGCACAUAGGUUGAGUCGCGGCGACGGCACGUCUGUCGCCAGCGGACCAACGACGUUAUAUCGCCUGAACUCCAACCAGAGCAGCUCCAGUGUAUUCGAAGAUGUUGAAAUGGCACACGACGAGCUCUACUCAGGCCCUGUGGCCGAAAGUCUACCCAGCAGUGUUUCUGCAUUCUCCCACCGCCGAGCCCGUGCUGGCUCGACAGCAAGCUUCACAUAUUACGAGGAGCCCGAGAUACGAGAAAGAGAGGAACAGCCAGGCGCCUUUACCGACCUAAGUGAAAGUUUUGUUAGGCGGAGCCUUAGCGAUCUCGGCGACCUCGAGUUUGGCAUCGAGGACGAGGAGGACUCAGCGGACCGAGAAUAUUUGGCAACUCACGAUGAUUACAUGCUAAGGCGUCGUUCGUCAGCACAGUCGCGAGAUUCCGUUCACGCACACCUUCUCCGUAGAGACAGCACGGCCACAGUUGCCAGUGCUCGCGCCGAAGGGCGAAAUAGCCAGAAGGUGUACAUGGCAAACGAGGAUCUGACCAUCGUCGUAGCCGGUUUCCGGACGAGUACAGCAGGUUUUUUGAUCUACACAGCCCUGUGCUUCCUUACUGGCGGGAUUGCAUUUCUGCUCCUUCGCUGGCUGCCACGUUGGUAUAUCUCCAUUGUUGGACGGCCCUGUUCGUUAAGGAAUUGCGAUUGGGUAGUCAUUGAAAACCAAUGGGGUGAGUUGAGCAUCAUCCAGGUCACGACCCAAGAAUAUGGUAGACCUGUCUCAUCGGUGUUUGGUAUACCGGAGAAGCCAUUUCUCAACAGCCUCGACGAUGACAACGACCCACUUAUAGACCAUCUUCGUUCGCUGGAUUACCGCUAUGUUCGACUUUAUUUUCAUCCGAUCAAAGAUCAAUUUGUUAUGUCUGCUGGAUGGAAAGAUCCAGAAUGGACAGACGCACGACUUGUUCGAUCAGGCUUGGACAGCGACGACAAGACUAUACGUGAAGCCAUCUUUGGUAACAACCUGAUAGAUAUUGAACAGAAAACCAUUAGUCAACUACUCGUAGAAGAGAUUGGUAGCCUGAUUCUUUGGUCUCUGGACUCUUACUACUAUUAUGCUGCCUGCAUAUUCAUCAUGUCCGUAGCCAGCAUAUCUGCGACGCUAAUCGAGACACGUGCUACAAUGCUGCGCCUUCGUGAAAUCUCCCGGUUCGAAUGCGAUGUACGAGUUCUCAGAAACGGAUUUUGGAAAUACGUGUCGUCCAGCGACCUGGUCCCGGGAGAUAUUUAUGAAUUGAGCGACCCGAAUUUGUCACAAUUCCCAAGUGACAGUCUCUUGCUCACCGGUGACUGUAUUGUCAAUGAAAGCAUGCUUACUGUACAUCUGACGGGAGUAGGCGAGUCCGUCCCAGUUUCUAAGAUCCCCGCUACGGAUGAAACGCUGUGUUUCAUGGACCUCGCGGCUGCUUCAGUAUCUCCUGAGAUUGCACGGCAUUUCCUAUACUGUGGAACGAAAAUAAUUCGGACUAGACGACCCCAGGAGGGCCAAGAUGAAGAUGCCGUGGCUUUAGCUCUUGUUGUUAGAACAGGGUUCAACACUACCAAAGGGGCUCUGGUACGGUCCAUGCUUUUUCCCAAGCCCUCGGGUUUUAAAUUCUACCGAGAUUCCUUCAGAUAUAUUAGUGUUAUGGCCAUUGUUGCCAUGCUGGGCUUUAUCAUGUCGUUUGUCAAUUUUCUAAGGCUGGAACUUGCAUGGCACUUUAUUAUUGUUCGUGCUCUUGAUUUAAUCACGAUCGUUGUACCACCUGCUCUACCGGCGACACUGACAAUUGGCACGAACUUUGCCUUAUCGCGCCUGAAGAAAAAGCAGAUUUUCUGCAUCAGUCCGCAGAGAGUUAACGUGGGGGGAAAAAUCGACGUAAUGUGCUUUGAUAAAACAGGCACAUUGACAGAGGAUGGCCUCGAUGUUCUCGGACUCCGCAUCAGCUUGGGAGAAGGCAAACAGUUUAGCGAGCUCUUGUCUCGAGCACCUGUCCUUGGAAAUAGGGGCACCGCGCCCAAAAACAAGAACACUGUCCAAGCGGCACUUUACACAAUGGCAACAUGCCACUCUCUCAGAUCAGUUGACGGAGACCUCGUUGGUGAUCCCCUGGAUCAAAAGAUGUUCGAAUUCACUGGCUGGUCGUUUGAAGAGGGAAAACAUAGAGCCGUGGAGGGUGAUGAUGAUGAACAAAGCGGACUGACGCCAUCGAUUGCUCGUCCACCAGAUUCCUUUGAGUUUAUAUCUCAACUCCGCAGAGCGAGUGUCAUUACGCGACAUUUUGGUCAAAAAAGCGGUGAUAUUUUUGUCAAAGGUGCCCCUGAGGCAAUGAGAGAGAUUUGUCGCCCAGAAACUUUUCCUGAUGGAUAUGACGACUUGCUCUCAUACUAUACUCAUAAAGGUUACCGAGUGAUUGGCUGUGCCACCAGACAUCUGCCCAAGCUUAGUUGGGUCAAGGCACAAAAAAUGACCAGGUUGGAGGUUGAGAGCAAUCUUGAUUUCGUCGGGUUCAUCAUUUUUGAGAAUAAGUUGAAACCUACGACGGAGGGUGUCCUGAAGGAACUCUUGGAUUCAAAUAUCGGUACAAUAAUGGUUACCGGAGAUAAUAUUCUAACAGCUAUCAGUGUUGCACGCGAGUCGGGAUUACUGGAUAGACAGGCACACUGUUUUGUACCCCGAUUUGUGCGAGGAGACGCUCGUGACCCUAUGGCUGAGCUACAGUGGGAGAGCAUCGACAACAGCCGCUUAUGUCUUGACAAACUAAACUUGCUACCGCUCCCCGCACCACCCGAGGAAGACGUCUCCCUCCCAUAUGAUAUCUCGAACCUGCAGAAUUUUUCCCUAGCCGUUAGUGGAGAGGCGUUUCGUUGGAUCGUGGAUUAUUCCUCCCCGGAUGUUUUGCAACGCAUGCUCGUCCGAGGGAAAAUAUUUGCUAGAAUGUCUCCGGACGAAAAGCAUGAACUUGUGGAAAAGCUACAAAGCAUCGACUUUUGCUGUGGUUUCUGCGGCGACGGGGCUAACGAUUGUGGUGCUUUAAAGGCCGCUGAUGUUGGCAUAUCCCUUUCUGAGGCAGAAGCUUCUGUUGCCGCUCCUUUUACGUCUCGUGUAUUCGACAUUCGGACCAGCUCCAUUGCUGUGUCGCAAGCGGCCAACCGCGGAUCUCGUUUCUCGCAAAGUUUUGACACCCCUUCUUGGACUCAUGGCUAUCUGCGUGCUUAUUCAAGGGGCCGCUUUUCUUGCCGGCCUUUCACUCUCACUAUAGCGGCUGCGCUCAUCAUAACUGUUUACAUGGUAGUUGGUCCUGCGCAGUGGAUUAAGAAACUAAUGGAACUCAGUCAUAUGGAGUGGGAUUAUAAACUAUUCCUCAUGGUUUUGGGCCUGGCGUACUUUGCUUUGGCCUGGACCUUCGAAAAGUAUUUGGCAAUGCGACUUGCAAGAGUCAUUGGUUAUGCGAAGCAGCGAAUUACGGGAAGGGCAAAAAUGCGCAAGAAGUCCGUGCACUUCGACUACCAGCCUGCGGGAACUGGGAGCCACCGAGGAUCCCGAGAACUUCAUUAUUACGAGUAUCCAAACAUGAACUACGGUAUUCGGCAGCAGCUCCGGGAGCGGUUGAGAAGCAUUGAAAGCAAGUCUCUCACCGACGCAUGCGAAACUAAGAUGGCAUACAUCGAGAGGCUCAGGACUCGACCAAUGGCCAUUGCCACAGACACGGCUAAUAAGCAACACUACGAAGUUGGCACUGGUGUCCUAGCUGCGUGCCUUGGACCGCGAAUGAAAUAUUCAUGCUGCCUGUAUCCACAAGGUGAUGAAACACUUGCACAAGCCGAGACUGCAAUGCUGAGGUCAUACAUUGACAAGGCAGACUUGAGAGAUGGCAUGGAUAUCCUUGAUCUUGGAUGUGGUUGGGGCUCAGGAGCAUUGUAUUUCGCCGAGAUGCUGCCAAAUUCGAAUAUUGUCGCAUUUUCAAAUUCCAGGACGCAGAAACACUAUAUCGAAUCCGAGGCGGCACGUCGAAAUAUUACCAAUGUUAGUGUAAUCACUGGGGAUGUUGUAGACUAUGAAUUUGAACCCGAAAGCUUUGAUCGAAUCGUAUCUAUUGAGCUUUUCGAGCAUAUGAAAAACUACGAGCUGCUCAUGGCCAAGAUCUCUGGGGCCUUGAAAGCCGGCGGAAAGCUUUUUGUGCACAUAUUCGCGCACCACACCACACCAUAUGACUACGAAGACGGCUGGAUGACAACACAUUUUUUUACAGGCGGCACUAUGCCCUGUGUUGAUCUGUUGCUCUACUUUCAGAAGGACUUGUCCAUCAAAAGGCAGUGGUGGGUGAAUGGGUCACAUUACUCAAAGACAUGCGAGGACUGGUUGUCAUCAAUGAUUUCCAACAGGAAGCAAAUGUGGCCUCAUCUGGUUGAGACGUAUGGAGAACAAGACGCAUUAACUUGGUAUAAUCGCUGGCAAAUAUUCUACAUGGCUUGCUCAGAAUUGUUCGCUUACGGAGGAGGAGACACUUGGGGAGUUGCACAAUAUUUGUUUGAGAAGCCAUGCGCUGCUUAG